AAAUAGUGCAUGUCUCGGCUAUACACAGACCCAUUGACUAAUCACAGGACAGAAUCAAGAAUUUUGUGGAAAAAUUCAAAACCAGACAAAACACGCAAAACAUUGCAAUGUUUCUGUUUUGAAAUUUAACGAGAUCAUUCUGCAAUGGCAGACAGUGCAUCAUCGCCCAUCAUGAAGAAUGAUACAAAAAGCAACAGUGACCAUGAAAAUGUUGUUGAAAAGCUUGAGGCCAGUGUUUUAGAAUCACCCAAAUGCAAAAGAGAUUUUCAAUCUAGUUUGUCUGAUUCAGAUAGUGUCUGCGCUGAAGGAGAAACUGUGUCUAAAAAGGCAUCCUACGGGGAUAGAAUAUCUAAGGUGCUUCCAAAACUAUGGAAACUCCUUCCACCUAAUGUGUGCAACACGUUUCCACAGUUGGAUUCAGUUCCGAAACCUAUUUUAAAAUUGAUGAAAGAUGCAGAGGACAUUGUCCUAAAUUUAAACAGUGUAACCAGCAACGGUGAUGAAAGGAAAUUAAGAAAUGAUGCUGAGCGGGCUUUAACGUCCAUACAAGGAGUCUUAGACCACACCUGGGAGCAGCUCAACACUGGUCAUUGGAGAGAUGUUCCUCUGGUCCAUCGCCAUGUAUUCAGUAUAGCCAGUCUUGUCAAGAUUCUUAGCCUUCUUCAGUCACAAGCUGGAGGAGAAGAGACUCUUCUGCGCCUAGCCCUGAAAGCUGCAGAUAUGGGUUUAUUAUUAGGAGCACCUCUGCCUCCUCCAAAUGAGUGCCUUGAUUUAACUGUUGCUGCCAGUGUUUUAAGCACAAGCCUUGCACAAGUAAUUGAUCAGUCUGGUUCUGAAUCAGAUUCCAUCAUCCCAGUGGAAAAGCCUGCGGUACCAUUUAUUCCCACCGGCCUUGUUGGAUCUCAAAUUCAGGAACUCUUCUGUCCUUCAAUUGAAAAGUUUCGAGUUGACCACUUUAAUCCUAAGGUCCCUGUCAAAAUCAAAGGUUGUAUGCUGCACUGGCCAGCAUUCAAGAAAUGGUGUGAUAUUGGGUACUUACAACGGGUUGCUGGUGCCAGAACAGUUCCCAUUGAGCUGGGAUCUCAUUAUGCUCACACUGAUUACUCUCAAAAGUUGAUGACUAUUGCUGACUUUAUUGAACAACAUGUUGUAGGCGGAAAGUUGGGAUAUCUUGCUCAACAUCAGUUGUUUGAACAGGUGCCAGAAUUGAGAGCUGAUAUAUGUGAACCAGAAUAUUGUUGUCUGAGUGAUGAUUCAAUCCAAAUUGAUGAGCCUGCAAGUGAUGGGACAGACAUCAAUGCAUGGUUUGGACCAGCUGGCACCGUGUCACCUUUACACCAUGAUCCCAAGCACAAUCUGCUUGCUCAGGUGGUAGGGUCCAAACGGAUUUUGUUGUUCCCUCCUGAAGCUUCAGCAGCACUUUAUCCCCAUUCAGACCGAUUAUUAAGCAACACAGCUCGGAUUGACCCUGAAAAGCCUGAUUACGAACAGUUCCCCUUAUUUAAAAAUAUUGCGCCACCUGUUGAAUGUAAUUUAGAAGCAGGAGAAAUGUUAUAUAUUCCACCCCGAUAUUGGCACCAUGUUCGUUCCCUUUCUACUUCUUUUUCUGUUAGUUUUUGGUGGAAAUAGGCAUAGUUGACUUCCAAAGAAGUGCAUGUAAGCAAGCUGCUGAAGUUUUGCUAGUCACCUAGGAUGUAAGACUAUUAUUGUGUUCAAGACUGGAAAAAGAAAACAAGAUCCACUCAUUUUUCUGUCCAUAUAGGUCAGAGCUGAAAACUAGCAGGGUAAUGAAAGAUUGUUAAAAAUCAAAGUGCCUUACUCCCUGUGCCUGAAUUAUUACUUACCCAUUUUGUUGAGAAUUUUUCAUAAUUUUAAAUAUUAUAAAAAGUUUUCUUCAAACUCAACUAUUCUGUAGCAGAGUUUUAAAUAAGGGGGGGAAACACCAACAUCUUUACAUUUUUAAGAACUGCUUUAUUUGCAACCAUUAACUUUCACUUUCAAGUUUGCCUACUUAACAUCUAUUCCUAAUCAAGCUAUGACUCAGUAGAAUGUUUGUUAUCACCUGUACAUGAGACUUCAACUGUGAGUUGUACAUAAAAUGAAUGUAGAAAUCUCUGACAAAAAUGAAGUGCUCAUUAGAAAAAGUAAGGCAUGUUACUUAGUUGUUAAAUUGUCUUAAUAUUACUUACUCUGCAUGCAGGGAUGUUUAGGUUGACCAACAACUUAAAACAGUAUUGCUGAAAAAUCAAUAUGGAUCAGGAUUGCAAUGCUUAUUUUCUUCAAGCACUGCCCAUUACAUAGCCCUAGUAGUCCUUUCUUACGAAGUCAUUGUGUGCUGUUUCCUCAUCGUGUAAAAACUUUAUAUGUUUUCAAUGUUUUUCACUUUUGUUUUACUAGUUUUUAUUGUCAUGUGUCAUACAAUAAUCUUUGAGAUUGCCUGUGAGGACAAGAAAUUAUAUUCUAAUUUUAUUACUUGAAUGUAAAUCGUAAAUCUUACUUGCCUAACUUCAUGUCUAAUUAAUUACGAUCGUAAAGCAUCCAAAUGAGAGUGUGUGGUUACUCCAUUCAAUUUUAUUUAUUUAUUUAUUUUCUAAGUUUUGUCAUAAAAUCAGAUGCCUUCACAUGCUUUUACCUACUGAAGCAAUUACCAUUUGUUUCCUAGGGAGCUGUAACUAUUUGAUGACUUACAAAGAAAAACCUGUCUACCCUUUUUCUUUCAUACCAAUUACUGUACUUGGCAGUUUUGUUGGGGAAGCACUAAUGCAUGAAAUUGAUUCAAUUGUCUCAUUCAAAUGACCGUUUGAAUAUCACUGUAUCACCCCAAUUUAUAUCUUAUCUGUAAUAUGCAGUGUCUUUUGCGUACAGCUAAAAAAAUGUGUUUAACUUAAAGACUGAUAUCAGAGACCCUAAUAAAACUUAAUAUAUAUAUAUAUCUCAUUGACUUCA